AUGGUGCUCCUGGCAAUGACGCCCGGCAUCGCCCGUGCAGUCGCCAGGGCCGAGCAACUGGCGCCUGACGACUACGCUGGCCUGCACCGCGACGACGAGCCCGCCCUCGCCGACCCCCAGCCAGGCAACCCCAUCUCGCACCGCCAGUUGAUCGGCCUCUCCAAGCUGCUGAAGAAGCAUCUGCCGCGCCCAUGCCCAGAGACAACCAUCGAAGAAACUGCCAUCGAAGAAACCACACAAGAUGCAGAAGAAGAGGCGAUCCCAAGGACACUCGCAGCCCUCCUCGCAAACACAACCCUCUACACGCCGCCCCCGCCGCCCAAGCCCCCAAAGACGCCCGAAUACGAAGCCCUCAUGGCCCGCCUGCGCGCCGAGCAGGAAGCCCUCUCGUACGACCGCAUGCUGCACCCGCCGCCUACGCGCGAGACCUUCUCGCAGCGCUUUCCCCGCGCCCCCGCGCCCUUUAGCAUUGGGGCUGCGCAGGCCGCGAGCGACGAAGACGACGUGUCGUACGAGGAAGUGCAUCGCCAGAUUAUCCUCAUCAUCAACAUCCUCGUCUCCAUUGUCUGCGUCGCCAUCUUCAUCUGGGUCGCCGCACGCCACUGGAGCGUGGGGUCGCGACUGGGGCUGAGCAUGGGCGGGGCCCUGGCCAUAGCCGUGGCCGAAGUGGCAGUGUACAGCGGCUACGUGAGGAAGGUCAGGGAGGCAAAGAGACUAGAGAAGAAGAAGCCAGAGAUCAAGGAGAUUGUCAAGACAUGGGUGCUGGGCGAGCCGGGCCAAGCGGCAGCAGCAGAAGCAACCGGCUGCAAGGACAAGGACGGCGACGGCGUGAGGUUCAGAAAAGGCAAACACCGUUGA